CGUGCAGCUUCUCGCUCUCUCCCCUUCUUGGCUGCCUCCGCACGCUCCCUCCCCGCUGGCUUUUGCAGCCGGGGUGGGGGAGGCAGGGAUACAGGUAGGACAGGCAGCCCUGGGCUCCCUCCCAGCAGCCCUGGUCGGCUGGGAUCCCCUGGGCACAUCCCCGGGAUGCGGCGCUGGGCAGGACCGCAGCGCUGCUAGAGGAGAUGCCAGCGCAGAGCCCCGCUGCUCCUCCCGCCGCCCCGCGCCGCAGCACCGCCCGCAACCCGGGCUGCCCAAGCACCUGGAUGUGGUCACAGCGGGAUGAUCGGCUUGGCUUGCAGAGCAUUUACUUCUAAUCUCCGGCUUGUGACAUCCUAGCAGAAAGGGGCGACCCUUUCAGGAGCAGCUCCACGGGCUAGAAAGAGGGGAAAUGGCUGGGGAACAGCUGUGAGGAAACAUUUCCUAGUUCUGGACAUGGCCUUCACCACCACAAUGAAUCAGGAAGAACCUGUCAAAUCCUCCUAGCUCCCUGGCUGUGCAGUUUGCUGUUUCCUAGGGAGCAGCUCUUCCUACCCAAAGCACAGAAGAAACCAGCAAGUCACAAAUGACAGCUGAGAAGUGAAGCAUUAUCAAAAGCUGUGUGAGACUCUGUCCGAGAGACACUUGAUAUAGUAAUUCUCCUUUUGAGCCUGGGAAACUGUUGUGUAUCCCUUCAGCUCCAAAGAACUAAGAGUAGAUAUGUUCAAAUAACCAACACCAGAAAUUAAACCAUUCAAUACGUAUGUUAUAGAAUUUACACACAGUGAUCUACAGCAUUUAGGAAUCUCCGUUCAGAAUGGAUAAUGGAUAUAGAAACACAAACCAAAUCUCAGAUGACUAUAGGUACCAGGAUGGUAACUAUGAAGGGUAUGCACCCAAUGAUGGUUACUAUCGUGGUGGGGAUGAGCCUGCUCACGAAGAAGAUGCCCAGAGUGAUGCUACAGAAGGCCAUGAUGAGGAUGAUGAGAUCUAUGAGGGGGAAUACCAAGGGAUCCCACACCCAGAUGACAUUAAAGAGAAGCAGAAGAAGCGAGCUCCUGCAAUGGAUGAUGAGUACAGAGACCGUGCUGACCUUAUGGCAGAGAGGAUGGAGGACGAGGAGCAGCUUGCCCACCAGUAUGAGAACAUCAUUGAGGAGUGUGGCCAUGGACGCUUCCAGUGGAUCCUCUUCUUUGUUUUAGGGUUGGCACUGAUGGCAGAUGGAGUGGAGGUGUUUGUGGUUGGAUUUGUUCUUCCCAGUGCUGAGAAGGAUAUGUGCUUAACCAGUUCAAACAAAGGGAUGCUAGGCUUGAUAGUCUACUUAGGAAUGAUGGUGGGGGCUGUCAUGCUGGGUGGCCUUGCUGAUAAACUGGGAAGAAAGAAAUGCCUCAUCAUAUCACUUGCAAUCAAUGCUGCCUUUGCCUUGAUCUCCUCCUUCGUCCAGGGAUACGGAUUCUUCCUUUUCUGCCGCCUUAUCUCAGGCCUCGGUAUUGGGGGAUCCCUCCCCAUUGUGUUUGCCUAUUACUCUGAAUUCCUGUCUCGGGAGAAGAGGGGGGAACAUCUGAGCUGGCUUUGCAUGUUCUGGAUGAUUGGUGGCAUUUUUGCAUCAGUGAUGGCAUGGAGCAUCAUCCCACAUUACGGCUGGGGGUUCAGUAUGGGAACCAAGUACCACUUCCACAGCUGGAGAGUCUUUGUACUUGUCUGUGCUCUGCCCUGUAUCGCCUCCCUGGUGGCACUGAAAUUCAUGCCUGAAAGCCCCCGGUUCUUGCUGGAGAUAGGUAAACAUGAUGAAGCUUGGAUGAUCCUCAAGCAAGUUCAUGACACCAACAUGCGGGCCAAGGGAGAGCCAGAGAGGGUGUUUACGGUUUCCUAUAUCAAAACUCCGAAGCAAGUGGAUGAAUUUAUUGAAAUCCAGAGCUCAACAGGAACCUGGUACCAGCGCUGGCUGGUCAGAAUCUCGACUACUUUUAAACAGGUCUGGGACAACGUGCUAUAUUGUUUAACAGCCCAGUACAGGAUGAACACACUGAUGCUGGCUGUGGUUUGGUUUACAAUGGCCUUAAGUUACUAUGGCCUUAUUGUCUGGUUCCCUGAUAUGAUCCGGUAUUUCCAAGAUGAGGCGUAUGAAUCCCGAGUGAAGAUCUUUGAUGAGGAAGAAGUGUCCCACUUCACCUUUAAUUUCACCCUGGAAAACCAGAUCCAUAGAAAUGGGGAAUACAGAAAUGAUAUAUUUAUUGGCAUGAAAUUCAAGGAAGUGAAAUUUGAAGAUUCACUAUUUGAGGACUGCUACUUUGAAGACGUGACAUCCACUGAGACCUUCUUUGAAAACUGCACCAUCAUCUCUACUAUCUUUUAUAAUACUGAUCUCUAUGAACACAAAUUCAUCAACUGCAGGCUCAUAAACACUACAUUUAUGCAUGAGAAGGAAGGCUGUCACCUGGACUUUGAGGAGGAGAAUGAUUUUCUGAUUUACCUGGUCAGCUUCCUGGGCAGUCUGUCUGUGCUGCCAGGCAACAUCAUCUCUGCAUUAUUCAUGGAUAAAAUAGGGAGGAUAAAGAUGAUUGGUGGCUCAAUGUUGAUCUCAGCAGUGUGCUGCUUCUUCCUCUUUUUCGGGAACAGCGAGUCGGCAAUGAUCGGCUGGCAGUGCCUCUUCUGCGGGGCCAGCAUCGCUGCCUGGAACGCCCUGGACGUGAUCACCGUGGAGCUCUACCCCACUGACAAAAGGGCCACAGCCUUUGGCAUCCUCAAUGGGCUUUGCAAGUUUGGUGCCAUCCUGGGGAACUCAAUCUUUUCCUCCUUUGUAGGGAUAACCAAGGUGGUUCCUAUCCUUCUGGCUUCCUCUGCUCUGGUUGGAGGUGGUCUGCUUGCUUUGCGCCUGCCAGAGACUCGAGACCAGGUCCUGAUGUGAGCAACGGAGGCCAGGGGGGUCAGGAGGGUGGAUGUAGAAGAACAAAAAAGAGUCAUGCUUGGAAGAAUCAAAAUGUCCAUUUCUACAUUGUUCUGUCAAUACCUCGAAAGGAGAGGGCAGAGAGAAAGAAGAGCCCAAAGGGAUAAAGAUGAACCCCCUAGUUUCUGACCCUUUUACAGCCACCACUGGUGCAUGCAGCUACUACACCCCCCUUGCAGAGCCUGGGUUUAACCUUGCCUACACCAGGAGUCUGCCCGUUCCCUCUCCACCCCAGUGUCAGGACACGGGACGUGACCAGCGGCUUCGUGCCCGUGUGCUCCAGCGUGGGGGUGAGCGUGGCCAGCAGGAGGACAGGUCCUGACCCCCCUUGCCUUUGCCAAGCUGUGAGAUACUGCCCGCCUUGCCCAGCUCUCCUUGGCCACCCCCAUCAGCUGUGCCGACACGAAGGGGACCCGAAGGAGAGGCAGGCAACAGACUUGCUGUAGGUGAGCUCCAGCAAUAGGGACAAGAGAUACAAAUGUCACUGGUGGCCCUGACUGUCUUGGGUUUGGGGUCACCACCAGAACCUGUUGAAAGUGUGAGAGAGUCCUGAUUUCUGGAUGAUAUGAGGGUGGGUGCUUGGCGCUCUCAGAAGAAACAGGACUUGAAAGCUCUUUACUGUCUUCACUUGGGCAUAGAGGAUCACUAGGCACCUUCUUGUUCUGUGAGAGAAUUAUAUACAGAAUUUUAUAUAUAUAUAAUUAUGUAUUUCCACAUACUUGCAAAUGUACAUGCACACAUCAAUGUGAUCAGCUAUUGAAAUUCAUAAUUUCCAAUUUCUGCACCCUUCAGAACAUUUUAAGACAGACACUAAAAACUAAUCCCUCUAAUUUAAGAUUAUUUGGAGUCAUGACCAGCUUAGUGACACUUCAUUCUUUAUAUCCAGACACCAAAUAUUUAAAUGUAUUGAUGGCCAGGAAUGUAUACUUCUAUGAAGAUUAAGAUGUUUUUUCCUACAGUUUUCACAGAGGAGAAAUUGAAACUAUGUUGGAGGAUUCCACAAACCAAAUGUGUACAUAUUGUCCAGUGUAAAUAAGGGAUUUUUUGUCUAAUACCUUAAGUACAGUAACUGUGAAUUUACCAGCAUUUUAGCUAUAUUAUUUAAAGAAUAUGAUGCUUGAUUUUCUUAUAUACCUGGGUCUCAUUGGAGCACUGUAAGCACAGUUACUUAAAGCCAUUUAGCUUGUUGCACAGGGAAUGCACACAGGAAGCUUUCACUGUACAGAACAUUAAAUUCUCCAUUAAGUGGUGCAGUUAAGUUUGAUACCCCAUAAAGACCAUUUUUUAAAUUCAUAUGCCCUCUUUAUCAUGCAACCUAAGUUCUCUUGCACCUAGAAGAAAAGUGAGUUAUUUUUUGAUAUAUUUUCUUGGGAAACAAGAAUGAAA